GACGAAAAUGUUUUAUUAUCUCCGAGAGCUUCGCGCGCGCCGCCGAGAAAGGGCGCCUCUUUAUUUAUAGAUUUCUGAGCAUUAAAAAAUAAAGUUGCCACCGGUAGAGUUGAAGCAGACAUUAGAGCCGGGGAAAGGCGCUUGGAGAUCCAUUCCUCUAGAAUGCCCUGUCUUCAAGAUAUGCAAGACUGAAGAAGGAAAGACACUGGAUUCCUUUUCCUCUAGGGAUGGGUACAAAACUCAAGUCCUAAGAAAUUUGGAUCCUAGAGCAAAAUUGCCUGCACCUUAAGACGAAUGUGUUAUGAGAAAAUCUUUUUCAAGUUCAUCAUAUUGACAUAAGACGCUAGGCGUUUAGACAGAUUUCUAACUUAGCUGUGCUUUCUUUUAAUCGAGAAGUAUUAUUUUAAUAAAUACUCCCGUGGAAGUAGUGAGGACAACUGGUACUGAGUUAUAUUGUUUAUCAUUAUUUUUGGUUAUGUUAGCGGUGGGGCAGAUGGACGGGUCUCGUCAGAGCGCCUUUCUGCUUAGCACGCCGCCGUUAGCCGCUCUGCACAGCAUGACCGAAAUGAAGACUCCCCUGUACCCGGCUUAUCCCUUAUCCUCCACCGGACCCGCCUCGUCUACUUCACCUUCGGCCACCUCCCCCAACCCCGGCGGAAUUCCUGUCUCUUCCCCGGGGAUAAAAUCGUCAGCCGGGCUGUCCUCUCUCCUAUCACCGCACCAGUGCGCGAUCGCUACCCCACACGGAAUAAACGACAUCCUCAGCCGUCCCUCGGUGGUCUCCGCGGGGGCGGCGGCGGCCGUGGCAGCCUCCUCUUCCGCUGGAAUCUUGUCAGGACUGCCCCGCUUCAGUAGCCUGAGCCCCCCGCCUCCCCACGGGCUCUAUUUCAGCCCUAGCGCCGCGGCGGCCGUGGCAGUGGCUCGCUACCCCAAACCACUGACAGAUCUCCCCGGCAGGACCCCUAUAUUUUGGCCUGGGGUCAUGCAGAGCCCGCACUGGAGAGACGCCAGAUUUGCUUGUUCACCGCAUCAGAGUUCGGUGUUGCUUGACAAGGACGGAAAGAGGAAGCACACGAGACCCACAUUUUCUGGACAACAGAUCUUUGCCCUGGAAAAGACUUUUGAACAAACGAAGUAUUUAGCGGGACCGGAAAGGGCCCGACUGGCCUACUCACUGGGGAUGACGGAGAGCCAAGUGAAGGUUUGGUUUCAAAACAGAAGGACAAAGUGGAGGAAAAGGCACGCGGCAGAGAUGGCAUCGGCAAAGAAAAAACAGGACUCGGAGACGGAGCGUCUAAAGGGGGCCUCGGAGAACGAAGACGACGAUGACGACUACAACAAGCCUUUGGACCCGAAUUCGGACGAUGAGAAAAUCACUCAGCUCUUGAAAAAGCAUAAACCGAACUCGUCUCUUCACGUCCACACGUCAGAAAACGAAAGUUCUUAGAAACAAAAGAAGAAAUACCGUUUUCCAGUGACAUGAAGCACUGAACCUGUCUUAAAUCAGUGGCCUAUCUUCAUUAACAGUGUGAAAUGAAGUUUGAUUCGAGCGAUGAGGAAUGUACGGCCCGUUUCGGAGGAAUGGAGACUAUUUUUUUUUCACGACAGAAAAGCCACAACAUUUCCACAUUAAGAUGAGGGUACUUUCUUGUAAAUACCAGCGUGAGUUGUACUAAAUAGAAAUUAUAUUGCUGUGAAUAUUUAUGUGUAAAAUACAUUUUGUAUAAAACCCACCACUGUCCCCUCUGCGUCCCUCAUCACCGUUUCGGCUUUGUAAUUCUCAAUGACGAGAGGUAACGGUUUACUUAAGCCCCUUUUCGUUUUUUAAAUAUUUACUAUUUCUGUUAACGUCUGAUGGGCUUCUUCUUAAUCCAAGUUGCUUAUGUAUGCUUCUAAUAUUUUGCAUUUUUAACUAAUAUUUCUACCGAUCCGUCAGAAAUCAAUAAACAUUUAUAAUGAUCCAUGAGUAAAACGAUAAAAUAAAGAGCUCAUUUUAAACAGGAACGCGGUGAACAUUAAUGAUGAAACCAGCCAGUUAUUUCACCUGUAAAUAAACAGAUAAAACAGCAGGAUAUGACUAAAAUAUAUUUGUAAUAUAAUGCAUCCAGUGUUUGUCGGCCCAUUUUUGUUGACAUUUUCACACUUUAAUUAAUUUAUAUAAUGUUUAAGUUUGUAACAGUGUUUGAAUCCUGCAAUAUUGUGUGCUGCAGGUUCAUAUGUAUCGCACUUUUAUUUAAUAAAA